UCCUCCACCAUGAGCCUCCCCUCCAGCUCGAGGGUCCGGGCGGAGCUGUAUAGUGACAGCGCCUCUCCGCUGUCUCAGGACUCCAGUGUUUCCUUCAACGAGACGACGGCAUCCUGCGUCAAAGACCCCCUCGACUUCCUCAUCAUCAACGUUGGGGGAAGUCGCUACAUGCUGUCCCAGGAGUUGCUGGCGUCCCACCCGGAGACCCGGCUGGGGAGACUGGCUUGCUGCAGCCGAGACUCGGCGCUGGAGCUCUGCGACGAUGCCGACUUCCUGGAGAACGAGUUCUUCUUUGACCGAAACUCACAGACCUUCCAGUAUGUGAUGAACUACUACCGUACGGGUCACCUGCAUGUGAGGGAGGAGUUGUGUGAGAUCUCCUUCCUGCAGGAGAUCGAAUACUGGGGCAUUGACGAGCUUCGCAUCCACCCCUGCUGCCGCGAGCGCUACUACCGCCGCAAGGAGCAGAAGGAGAACCUGGACGUACGGCGAGUGUAUGAGCCCGAGGACAACGAUGAGGACUUUGUGGGUGCUGCUUGCCCGGCUCUCCGCCGAUGCCUGUGGGAUCUACUUGAGAAACCCGAAUCAUCCCGUGCUGCUCGCACCUUCGGCUCGCUCUCUGUCUUCUUCGUGAUUGUGUCAGUCAUCAACAUGGUGCUGAUCUCGCUAGAUUUAGGGGAGGACUUUGGUGUGAGCGACGUUGGUUUCGGUGCACUGCUGCUGUUCGACGCCCUGGAGUACGUGUGCGUGGUGUGGUUCACGGGCGAGUUGGCACUUCGGUUUCUCUGCGUGAGGGAUAAGUGUCGCUUCAGUCGAAGUAUUCCCAACGUGAUCGACCUGCUGGCCAUCCUGCCGUUCUACGUGACGCUGGCGGUGGAGAGCCUCCAUGGAGGAUCCACAGAGCUGGAGAACAUGGGCCGUGUGGUGCAGGUCCUCCGACUCCUCAGGUCGCUCCGUAUGUUGAAGCUGGGACGACACUCGACAGGCCUGAAGUCUCUGGGUUUGACCAUUACUGAGUGCUACGAGGAGGUCGGCCUGCUGCUCCUCUUCCUCGGUGUCGGCAUCUCCAUCUUUGCCACUGUGGUUUUCACUUUGGAGCGCGAUCUUCCCGCCACCACUUUUACCAGCGUGCCGGCCGCUUGGUGGUGGGCGACCACCUCCAUGACGACGGUCGGCUACGGAGACAUCCGGCCCGACACGGCUGUGGGGAAGGUGCUGGCCUUCCUUUGCAUCCUGUCCGGGAUCCUGAUCCUGGCGCUGCCCAUCGCCAUCAUCAACGAGCGCUUCUCCGCCUGCUACUUCACCAUGAAGGUGAAGGAUGCGGCGAUGAGGCAAAGCGAGAUGCUGAAGAGGCUGGCCCGCGGCUCGGUGGGGGGAAUGGGCGAGGGAGGAGCGGGAAGAGGUGUGAACUUGAGGGAUGCCUACGCCCGGAGCAUCCUGGAGAUGUUGAGGCUGCAUGGCGCAGAAAGGGUGAGCACCCGGAGCAGCGGAGGAGAGGAAAUGUGGUGGUAAAACCAGGAGACUCUUAGUGAUUGCUCUGCAAAUUACAACCACACGAGAGUCACUGACACCCUCGCUGCUGUAAGAGCGGAUGUUUCUGGCCUCUCUAGAGGUCCACUGGAAUAAACCAGUAUAAACUGGUGUAAACCGGUUAAAACAAAGCAGUGGAAUACCCCUGGUAUAAAGCCACAGUAUAUAGAGAAGAAAAUAAUCCCUGUGUGGGAAAAUUUACAUUUCUUACCUAGGAUUACUCAAAAUUUCUCUCAAGUCAUAAACGGGGAAUUGUCAUAACAAAUACCAUUUGUAAUAAAGCUGCGAUGAUAAGUCCGCUUUAGAGUUUCUGGUCUUUUGUGUAGUUAUUUAACUUUACAGUUACGCAUGUGACGCAGAACGUGCAGUAUUUCCAUUUUGUUCUGUAAAGUUAAAAAAACUCGCUGUUAACUUUUAUUUUCAAAUGGUACAUGAACCCUUGGUGUCCUGGGUGAUAGUCCUGUCUUUGUUUGACCCGUCCACCAACCUAAUCUGUCCUUGUGGCACUCUUAUACUUCGUCAAUUUACUUCCUGCUUUGCUCCUUUGUAACAGGAGGCCACUAGAGGGUGUCGCCACUAUAAAUGUAAAUAUAAUUCGUAAUUGCUGCUUGAACCAACGACUUAUGUGGGGGUUUUUUCGGGCGAGGACAGUCAUAAUGUAGUAAACCUAACAUGUAAUUUGGUGCAAGCAUUCUGAGACGUUUCCUACAAUUCACAGUGCGUCAUGUGUUAUUAGACAGUUUGUUGCCACAACAACGCUUGAUUCGGUGGAGAAAAAAUAUUUCUGUGUUCCUGUUGUGUUUCAUCACAUUAUCUCUGUGCACCACCCUUCUUCUCAGAGAGUACACAUGCAUUAGUAAGUGUUGUGUAGAGGUCAGCAUCAAACCCUACAGGCUGUUCUUUGGUCUUGGCACCUUGUAUAGUUCUGUUAUCGCUUUGUGACUCAGUCAUGCAAUAAAGGACAUUCUCCUGUG